AAUUAUAAAUCAACAAUAUUUCCCAAAAUACCCCUAGCAUCGGAAUGCCCCGAGCAUCUUAGUGCUAGGGGCAUAAUGCGUGGCAUGGUGGCUAGCAUGUGCACCAAGUCGAGCCUAGGCUAGCUGGUGCAUGCUAGCGCAACAAUGCUAGCAGCCAAGGGUAGCCACGACCGCAAGUGAGCAGCAGCCCGUACCUGAUGUGCGUGGCUUGCUGGCCGCAAGCAGCAGCUGCCCGCACAAGGUGUGCGUGGCUUGCUGGCCGCAAGCAGCAGCAGCCCGCACAAGCGUGCGAGGCAUGCUAGCUGCGAGCAGCAGCAGCCCGCAUCACCUUGGUGCGGGUAGCUGGGUCGUGGGCUAAAGGAAAGCAUGUGAAGGGAGGCUUUAAGUGUGAGGGACAUCUGGCACAAGGAAAGAAAGGAGUGAGGAGCAAGUUUGGUCCCCCCCUCUCCAAGUGGUCCUCACUUCCCUUUUCAUGUAUUAAUGACACUUAUAGAUUUAUUAUUAGUUUGCUUAUUUAUUUAUUUUAGCUUUAAAAUAAAUUGUGAAAUUUCAUACUCCCACAUUGAUGGUAUAGAAAUUCCCAUUCUCACCAUUCCCUAUAAAUUCCCAACUUGGGUUUUUGGGAAUGGUGCGUGAGUAGGAGUUCAUUAGUGCAUUGCAUUUUGCAAAAACUCUUAAACUCACAUAAUACUCGGGUUUUGGUUGGACCUCUCUAACCUCAAGGUAACGGACCUAAAAGUCAGUAGUUGUUUUUGCGGGUGGAUCUCCGUCGGAGGCUCUUGUAUUUUCGGGGCUAAGCUUUCAAGUAAGACCCCAAUUAGUCGGGCGAGUGUGAUCCUUGGCUCGGGUUUUUUCCACGGUGAGUAGGACUCACCAAACCCCAACAUCGUAUGCCCGUAUGCUUACUGCUAUGGGCAAAGCUACCCGGGUGAUGGAUUCCGCGGCAGCUACUGAGGUGCCUCGGAUCUCCCUUACGUGGCACGGUCGUAUCCUUGAGUUUCAGGCUUGGGGAUCCUCGUACCUGCCUUUCUUAGCCCCUAGGAUGCUUGGGGCUGCUCACUUUCCUAUCGACCAUCGAUUGGUCACGAUUAAGAAGAGACGAGCCAAUUCUGUCGGCGACUUUUGCCAGAGGAUCCUUUCGGCGACUCGUGCGUCGAUCGAUCUCUGUCCUUGGAGUCUGAUCGUCGGAGUCACUGAGGUUGUCCGAUCCGGCAUGAUCUGUUGCCGUUUCCGGGCUCUUUAUCAGGGACUUCCAGUCCUUCAGAGGACAGACGCUUGGUUUUUAGGCGAGCGUGUUCUCUGGCAGUCUGCAUCCAUGGUUCCCGUGGAUCCUCCGAUCCGGAUGUUACGUCCGAACUUGCUGUCUACCGAGGAUCGAGCUCAGGCGAUCCUUGGUUAUCCAGCAAAGCAGCUGGUGCUGCCGGAUGCAUCGUAUCCGACUUUCAAUGAAUCCAGGCUGACUCCUUUCCCAGCUUUUGUUCCGCGGGUUGAGUUACGGGGUUGGGUGCAACCUGCAGUGGAGAUCACGUAUACCGAUGUCGUUAGGUCGGUAAUUCGUGAGAUCCUUCCAGCAUCGGAGGAUGAGGAGAGAAUAUCGUUUGUUCUUGAGACGGUUGAAUAGGUUCCGUGAGAGACCGUAACCGACAUGGUGAGGACUUUGCGCGCUUUCCGAGCUGCUUAUCGGAGAACUCUCCUCACUUUGUCAUGUCGUGAUCAUCGGAUGGUCGCGGUAAGUUUAU